UCUGCCAGCUGAUUCAGACGACAUAAGGAAGAAAAGUGGUUUACAUGAAUAAUUUUGACAUGGUUUAACCAACUUAAUUUAGUCGAAGACAGAACAGGCAUUAUCUGAUAGAAAUAAGAUUAUGUCCCCCAGAUCACCAUGAGGUUUAACAGUAAAGAAUUAACACAUAUAGUGGAACAGGGUGUGGUUGAUAAAGAAGGAAUACUGUCCAUGAAAUAUAAACCAGAGGGAAGAAUAUUUAAGAAAGAAGAAACAUACAUAACCAGACAUUGUAAACUAAAAGGAAACCUGUUGUUUUAUUACAAGAACAAAGAAUCGAAAAACAAUCGAAAGUCGAGCUCAGCACCAUAUUUGAGAACAGAGCCACUAGGAGUGUUAGUAUUAGAGAGAUGCACAAUAGAACUAGAUGAUGAAAUAGAUAAUGCAUUUAUUAUAGUUUUUGAAGGAGAUGAACCUACCUACCAUUUUGCCACAAGAACAGAAGCAGAAAGAGAUGAAUGGAUUCAGGCACUUCACCUCUCUAGUUACGAAUGUCUUAAGAUGCAGCUACAGAGUCUACGGGAACAGAUCCAGGCCAAGACAGGACGUGACCCAGUAUCACAACCUCCACCUACAGAGACAGGGAUGGCAUUCGAAACACAGUCUGGAAAUGCAAACACUAAUGAUGAGCCAGCUAUGGAAAUUUGCCUAGCUUGUGAAGAUCUGCCUAAUGACAGUUCAGCUAACCCUCCUAAUCCAUUUAUUGUAAUCUAUACCAUUAAUCCACCCCAACAACAGACAUGGGUCCAACACAGUCAUACUGAAGUUGUUGAGAAAACAAAUUCCCCCCAGUUUUUGAAGACAAUAGGGUUUGGUGAUUCCACUGGGAUUGACACAAACACCAGGAUAAAGUUAACAGUCUACCAUGUCAAGGAAAGAAUGACAGGAACAAUGUCCCAAAUGGGUCAGGUAAUAUUUACUGUACAGGACGUUCUUACAUCUCAUCAAAUGGAGCUAUCAUUACCAUUACAAGGACCAGAUCCUGUGGACUGUGGAACUGUUAAAGUUAUGGCCUGGGUAAAUGACACAAAUAUAUCUGUUCCUAAUGGGCCUGCUGAUGACUGUAAAAAUGACAAGUUAAAAAAGUCACCGUGUAGAAGACGUUCUAAGAGAGUGGACACGUUACGUCCCUUAUAUCGUGGUAUCAUCACACGGACUUUUAGAUUUGAUACGUCAGAUGGCAGAGUCAAAUUACUUGUUCAUGAGUAUAUGGCUGAGGCAAAACUGGCUUUUGAUAUACCAUUACAGUUGAUUAAACUGUGGAUAGAUGAAGAAAAGUCAAUGAUAGAUCAAAUUAAGAAUCUAGGACAGCUUUGGUCCUGGUAUGAAAAAGAACAAGUGACUGCAAUUGACCUCUGUGCUACCAUAGUAACAGAAUAUACAAAGGCAUACAAUUAUUUGACCAAUUACCUUGAUACUGGUCAUGAUAUUGGUCCUAGUUUCAAGCCUAGCAUCAAGAAAGGGGACAAAGACCUAGAGUUUGCUCCCCUGAAUCUCCACUUACAGAGAAUGACAGUCAUUAAUGAACUCAAUGAUACAAGGCAUCCACAUUUCUUUCAAAAUGAGAGGACCUCUUGGUAUGAUAUAGUGACUGUAGGAGCCUUCACAGCUUAUGCACAAAAAUACAAACAUGGUGGUUUGAUGAAAUUAUUACAACAUCAAAAGGAAUUUUACAGUGCCGACGGGACACUUAGUAAAAACACCAAACUAGACAAAGCAUGUCAACUCAUUAACAGUAUAUACAAACUGAAUGUGAAAGUAAACAAUGAUUGUCAGAGACUAUGUGAUAUUGCUUCCAAUGGAUUAUUUAGUGAAAUGAAGUCGAUAGCAGAACAUAUAACGGAACAUGUGAAAGAGUUAGUUAAUGUUUGUGAUAAUAAAUUACUACAGGGUUCAGAAGAACUGUAUAAUGCAGUCAGGGAGGAAGUGCUAUAUCAAAAGACUUUGGAAAUGUCUAAAAAUGAAUUGACAGAAAGUUUUACAGAUCUGGACAUGGAAUCAUCUACAGAAAACCUCAGUGGCACUAACUUUAAAAAGAAUCCAUCUAUGGAACCUUGGGAAUUAAGCAGGGUGAACACUGAAGCAGCUUGUGUUUGUUUAACGUCGCUUGUAGAAAGUCUGGAAUCAGUCGAUAGAACAAAAUGGCUAAAUUCUAUAUCCCAGGACGUAGCUAAACUGAAGAAUUUUGUGGCUGUGUUACAUAACAAAGCUGUGUCUUUCAUGACAUUUCUUAAUAUUAUGGAAAAUAAAGGUCAUUCUAAGUUGAACUAUACAAUAAAGUACAGAAGAGAUGUUUGUUUUUCUCAUGCGGUAACUGCCUUAGUAACAGGUUUUAUGACCAAGUUGACAACUCAUACCACAGAUACACACUUCUUAAACCAGCUCUGUCAGGUUGGUAUGCUGGUCCAGUUUGAAGGUUUACUUAGUUGUCAUAGCGAUGAAAAUGGUAUGAUAGAAGACAUGAUAGUUGCUGUUGAUGAUCUCAGUCAGGUUGUGUUCAAGGUUAAAGUUGAAGAACAUAUUGAUGAAGGCCCUGUUCUAUCACUUCAUGGAAAAUUAAAAUAUGGUUCCAAUCCAGAUUUUCAAAGACAUGGUUUAAUUGUUACUGUGCCAGUGAAGGCAGAGUUGUUCGAGAGAUUACCUGACCCCCUGCAGAAAGGAAAACAUAUAAACAUUACACCUGUAUUCUUCAAUAUUGGUAUAAAUGAGCAAGCUACUGUAGCUGAGAGAUUUGGUGACACAUCAUUACAAGAGAAGUUAAAUUUUGAUAACUAUGGAAUAUUAUACAGAUAUAUAGAGAAAUACCAGUCUAAAAUAGGAGACCCAGAUGAUGGUAAAACAGGUCUUGGUACAGUUGGAGAUUUAAUGAAAAGAUUGCAGUAUCAAGUGAUGGCAAAGAAAAGUAAAAAUACCGAGGUUUUAAAACUGGCAUCAGAGUUGACAAGAAAGUUACAGGGUAUAAGAUUCACAAGUUGUAAAAGUGCUAAAGAUAGAACAGCUAUGUCAAUCACACUAGAACAGGUGUAUAUACUACAACAGGAACAUGAUUUAGCAUCCCAUGUGUUCACUCAGGCCUUAGAUUGCUUCAGAAGUGAGGGAGUUAGAAGAGAAAACACGUUAAAAAACAUUGGAUGUAGAAAAUAUGCAUUUAACAGUUUCCAGUUACUUUAUGUACCAAAACUUUACCGACCUCCAAAUGGUACAUAUGGCAAUGUUCAGGGAUAGAAUAUAUACCAAAACUUUACCGACCUCCAAAUGGUACAUGCGGCAAUGUUCAAGAAUAAGAUAUGAACCAAAGUGCUACAACUUCUAAAUUUUGUUGAUGGGAUAUGUUCAAUGAGAGAAUAUUAACAAAAAAUGCACCUGGCAAUGUUAAAGGAUAAAAUAUGAAGCAAAACUAUACCUGUGACAAUGAUCAAGGAUAAAUCAUGGACACAAGUUGUAGCCAUGACAGUGUUCAAAGUUAACAGAUGUUGUUCUCACUGCCAAAUAGAACUUUUAAGUGUUCAAAAAUGAUGCUAUAGAUAUAUACCACUAAUUUGUUAACAGAAUCAGAAUAUUCAUUAUAAUUCUGUUGUUAACCAUUUGUAUAUAGUUAAAAGACAUUUAUUUAAUUUUAUGAUCAUGUAUUUCAGUAACAUAUCUGUUGUUGUAUAAUGCCCAUACCGGUAGUUUAAACUGUAUGUUUUGUAUAGGUUAAACUUGAAACUCAAAAUCUGACCUUCAUUUCAUGAUAGAUUGACUGGGAUAAAUUUUCAUACAACUACAUGUCUCAUGAAUUUAUUGAAAAACAUUAAUUUUUACAUCGCGAUGACCGUGAGGGCAUUCUGAUGUAUUGCUAUCGCCUAGAUUUCCAUUACGUAACUUUCGUUUUGGGUUUGUCACCGAUCUAUAAACAUGAUAAAUACGCGGAUAUUAACGAGUGCAAACUAACAUUCCUUAUUGUUUGUUAUAAAUACAUAAAUACAAUGAAUACUGAUAAAAAUAUUUUUGUUUAGAUCAUAAUUAAAUUAGUAAUAUGAAAAUGUUUUGUCGUUAGAUAUAUAUAUAUAUAUAUAUAAGUAAAAAAUCAUUGAUAAUAUCUAUGCACACGUACCAAAAAAAUUGUGUUAAAGCAUGCGGAAGAAUAUCUCAAGAAUCCAGGCAAGGACCGGUAACUCUGUAAUUGUUUUUGCGGGAAAAUAUGAAUGCCUACUCAUAUCCAAUCUUUUAGAAAAAUCGAAUUUUUACAGAAGAGUGUCCACCAUGCACUUGCACUGCACUAUUAUUAGAAUAGUAUAAUAGAAUGAUAUACAAAUGGAUGAAAAUUAUAUAUAUAUGUAACUGUUAUAUUAAUAUAAUAUAUAACAACAAACCAGUGUAUACUGAUUUGUAUCACUACAAUAUAAUAGUUAUUACGGUGAGGUUGAAUUUCCUGUCAUUUAUUCAUCAUCCACGCACGAACUUUUCUCAGAAAAAUACAUUUCUCUGUACAUUAACCUCAGUUUCAGGUAUAGAGAUGUGAUUUUUUUCUGUGACAAGUGCUUUUGACCAUCCACAAGAACUUGCGGUCAUCCGAUGUUCAGUACUUCAGUACUUUGAUUAUAUUAUUACUUUGUCAUUUUAAUUCUUCUGUUUUAUUCAAUGCCAAACAAUAAGAUGUAAACCAACAUAUUUUUGCAGAUACUUUAUUCCACCUUUAAUUUUGUAAAGCUUCUAACUUUCUUGGUGUAUUUGAACAACAAUGUGGAACAAUAUAUAUAUAACCUUGCA